AUGCUAUUCAUGAUUGGCCUAUCCAUUCUUCUACUCCCAUUAUCCUCUGCAAUCCUAGGACCUCCACUACCUUCCGAAAACAUUGUCCCUCAGCACAUUGGUUGCCACGACCGUUUCAAUGCCAACUCUGAGAUGAUCUUCUUCCGCUAUCCUUCAGACCACGCGUUCGAAUAUGCAGUCAUUACCCCGUACAAGAAAUACUACCCAAGGCUCCUCGAAUAUGCGCUCAAGGCCAAUAACUUCCAACUUGCUGCUUGGCAAAAUAAUCAGGCAUGUGGCUGGCAGAAGAGAGACCACGCAAUCGCCUCGAGCAACACCUCGGACAAGAUUAUUGUGCGAUCUCCAAGUCAACUCCCAAGCAACGCCACGAUGGACAAGAUACGCCACAUCCUCUUCAUCAAUCCACCAGCAGGGGACGUGUACGAGCUCAUCACCAUUCUACUCUGCUACUUGACGGGCUCGAUGAUAUGCUUUGUGCUUUUGAUCUUUCUUAAACACUGUAUCGAGCGCGAAGAGCGUUUCAAGUCUACCAACACAAAGACUGAAGUGGAGGAACUAGAACUCGAAGCCUUUCGACCAUUGAACACCUCAAUUAUACCAAUGGCCCGGGCUUCUCGUGCAACUCUUCCGACCGAUUGCUGCAAGUCGCUGCAAUACGAAGGUGAUUCGGCUUGGUCCUUCGACGCCAAUGUAUCCGAGUUACCACCGUCGCCAUCUGUUUCAAGAGGAUAG